GAGCAGAUCUGUGACCCUGUCUUUAUGUAAUGUAACUCCAUUGAUGGAUGCUUGGAUUGGGCUGCACCAUCCUGGCCAUCGGGAGGUGACUGUCAGAAGAAAUGCCGGUCCUCGGUGCCCUAGUACAUCACCACCAGGACCAUGGCGACUCCUUGGCCAAUGAGAAGAGAGAGGUGCUCUUAUGGCUCCUCCUGUCUUGCUAGAUGGUCGGCGUCCUCCUUCAUGCUCCUAUGGUUGCCCUGGGUGUUGCUAUGGCUUCCAUGGCCCACCCGAGCUGAACAAGUGGGCGGUGGGGGACACAUCGGGAAGUCACUCCACGGUUCCCUGUCGUCCCCCUCGUUAACAUCAUCUUCAUCCUCCUCCUCCUCUUCCUCCUCCUUGUCCCCGUCCAGCUCCACGGCGUGGGGCUUCAACACGAGGCAGAGCGGAGGGCAGCUGGACUGGCUGCUGUCAGAGAAAGGACCUUUCCACAGAUGUCCGGAGUACACAGAGUUCAGAGAGAGGUUCCAGCAGGGAUUUUCUACCAGAUACAAGAUUUACAGGGAGUUCAGCCACUGGAAGGUGAACAGCCUGGCAACAGAGAAGAGAGAUUUCCUCAAAGCUCCAUUGCCCUUAGCGCCAGAGUUCCUACGCAACCUGCGGUUACUGGGGCGACGGCCGACCCUGCAGCAAAUCAACGAAAACCUCAUCAAGAAGUACGGGACCCACUUCCUGAUUUCUGCUACCCUGGGAGGAGAGGAGUCUUUGACCAUUUUCCUGGACAAGCAGAGGCUGAAUAAGAAGUCGGAGGGUAGCAGCAACAGCUCGGUGGUGUCUCUGGAGCUGCUCCAUCAGCUGGCUGCUUCCUACUUCACCGAUCGAGAAAGCACCCUCAGGCGACUGCACCACCUCCAAAUCGCCACUUCUGCCAUCAAGGUAACAGAAACAAGGACCGGCCCUCUUGGCUGCAGCAACUAUGACAGUUUGGAUUCGGUUAGCUCGGUGUUGGUGCACAGCCCCGAAAACAAGAUCCACCUGAAGGGCUUGCAAGAUGUCCUGCCAGAGUUCCUGCGUGGGCGGUUUGUGGAGGCGGCCCUGAGCUAUGUGGCGUGCAACUCUGAAGGCGAGUUGCUCUGCCGCAACAACGACUGCUGGUGCCGCUGCUCUCCCCGCUUCCCGGAAUGCAACUGUCCCUUCGCCGACAUCAAGGUCAUGGAGGAGAACCUGGAGAAGAGCAAAGAGGGCUGGAGUAGCUUCAACCAAGAGUUCAUGGAGUCAGAUGAAUUCAAAGCCUUCCUGAAGCGCUUACCCACUGACCGGUUCUUGAACGUGUCCAUGAUUGCAAAGUUCUGGUCGGCCGACAUGUCUCUCCAGAAGCGCUACGCCCAGUUGGAGUCCAGCACGGCCCUGGUCCAGGGGAAAGCCCAGAAGAUCAUCAGGAAACUGUUCACCCUGAGCAAACGCUGCCCCAAACAACCUCGCAUCAGUCUGCCCAGAGAGAGGUCUGUGGGGUUUUGGUUGAGUAGAGCCCAGUCUCUGCUCUACUGUAACGAUCACGGCGUGUUGGGCGACUUCUCAGAAGAGGCAAAGAGCUGCAUCUGCCCCAUGGAGCAGCCCACCUGCCAGGGGGCCAUUCCCUGCAUUGUGGGCACCUCCUCCACCUCCUGUGUCUCCUGCGCCACCGACAACACGACUCGCUGCGGAUCCUGUCAUCACGGCAACCUCCUCCAUCUUGGUUCCUGCCGUCCGAGCAUUGCUGCAUCCCUAGACCACUAUCUGAACCUGGACUUGGAUAUGCCCGAUGCAGAGGUGAAGUACCUGCUGCAGCGACUGGACAGCAGAAUAGAGGUCCAUGCUAUCUACAUCAGCAAUGAUGUGCGCCUAGGAAGUUGGUUUAACCCCGCCUGGAGGAAGAGGAUGUUGCUGACGCUCAAGAGUAACAAAAAUAAGUCUAACCUCAUCCACAUGCUGAUGGGCAUCUCUUUUCAGAUUUGUUUAACUAAGAAUUCAACGUUAGAGCCCGUGCCUGCGAUAUACGUGAAUCCUUUUGGGGGAAGUCACUCUGAGAGCUGGUUCAUGCCAGUCCACCAUCCUGAAUUCGCUACCUGGGAGAGAACUCGACUGGAUGCUGUGGCAACGGCACAGUGUUACAACUGGACGCUGUCUCUGGGCAACAAGUGGAAGUCCUUCUUUGAGACGGUACACAUCUACCUGAGAAGCCGCAUACUCACAGAUGAUCCAACGGUGAAUGAGACUCUCUUCUAUGAACCACUGGACCUCGAUGACCAGACAUCCAACAUGGGGUACAUGAAGAUCAACACGCUAAAGGUGUUUGGAUACAGCAUGCACUUUGACCCCGAGGGCAUUAAGGAUCUGAUUCUGCAGUUGGACUACCCGUACACACAGGGUACGCAGGACGCUGCCUUUCUGAUGCUGUUGGAAAUGAGAGACCGGAUUAACCGGCUGUCUCCUCCAGCGCCGCAGCCGCUCGAUUUGUUUUCAUGCCUUCUGCGCCAUCGGCUCAAGCUCUCAGCCGGAGAGGUGGCACGCAUCAAGGACUCACUGCAGAUCUUCAACUCCAAGCUUCCCAAUGCUUCCCCUGAACCUGAGCUUGCUCAGCUGUGUAGCUAGCUAACCUAGCGCACAAGUCAGGUACUGGAGUGGAAGUACACUAGGAGGGGAGGAGUCACUGCUUCAGGGACGGUUCCAGACUUAGCUAAGGGGAAAGCGUACAGGAUAAUGGACACCGACUCUGAGGAGUGACUGCUGGGCUUUUCUUACAGUAACUCCUGGCUUGUUUUCUGCUGUCACGUUUUUAUUAUAAAUUGCUAUCAGAGCACUUUGACAAAAAGGUGGAGCUAUGUUUUGAACUUUCUGGAGAUCAGCUGAUACUUGGACUCUUUCAGAGGAUGUGCUGUAAUAACCUGGAGGCUUACCUUUGCUAUAACUGUCCUACUUUGGCAAACUGUACAACUAAAGGAGAGACACUUUCACCGGACAGGAUUUGGGACCCCACAGAGCUCAUGUGCUGGGGUAGACCUAAGACCUUUGCCUUGCAGAAAUAAAGGCAGUUUUGAUAUGUUAGAGAGGGACUGGAAAGGGGUCUUCACAAACGAAAAUGGAAGAGGAGCUCCCCUUUUCUAACUCUACCCUCUUUGGCUACAGAACAAUCUCAUGGGAGGGGAAAAAUGGGAAAAUAUUAUAUAUGUGGUGAAUGAGUUGUUAUGUUACGCUUAACAUUUUAAAAUUUGAUAAUCCUGAACCCUAUUACUGUCUUUGAAUAUUUCUUUUUAAUCCCUGCCUUUCACUUUAUCUGGCAUUUGAAAAACUUGUAUCCAUGCUUAACAUCAGUGAGAAUUUGGUUAGUGAUGUUCUGUCCUUGGUGGUGUGUCUAUGCCAAAAGAACGUGAACACAUUGACAAACUGAAUGGCAAAAAUCUUUGAUAAUUGAGCUUUUUUUUUUGAGCUGAAAAAUCGGAAAGAGAUCUUCAGAUGUGGUGACGAAAAAGUCUGCCGAUAUAGUGCUGUAAAUACCGCUCCAUCUAACCCCAGGUGUGGACAAAGUGCACAUUGCUUUUUAGAUAACUGAGUGCAAAGACCAAAAAAAUGUUUAUAACAAAACAAACUCAUGCCUUAUAUGGAGAGUCAAUGUUAAGAUAAGAAGCACAUUUAGUUUUGCGUGUUUGAUUUCUGGCAAAGGCUGUAUUGCUUUUUAUAGUUCGAUUUUUUUACCAGGACAGAACAGCAGUCACAUCCUCGAGACAUUACGUGGUAAUGUAACUUUUCCAUGUAAAUGCCAGUCACACAUUCUGCAGUUGCUUAUUUUGAUUUAGUGUUGUGAAAAUUUGAGCCACUAUUUGCAGUUCACACCAGUGCUUAAAGGGUUUCUAAUGGUUUGGUUGGUAUCAGGUCAAAAGAGCAGAAUUUAUUUCCUUUGGUUUCUUUCUUUUUUUGUAGUUUUUUGUUAACAUGUGGGUCCAAAUUCAGCUGCCAUUACCAUGGUAAGUGAAAUGAUUAGUUUUGUGUAGAGCAGUGAUGAUACUCCUGAGAGCUGUAACCUUACCAGGUUAAUAUUUGAUAUGACUCUUUAUUUGAUUCACUAAUCUGUCAAUGAAAAUCAGUAAACCUUGUAUAUCAUUUUCAGCAAUUCUUCUGUGCUCAGCUUGCUUCAGUAAAAACAGAGUGGUUUAUCUAUUCUUGGAUCAUUCUUCUUCUUCAAUGGUUUUCUGAGCUUUCUGAGUGUUCUUUGUUACUUAUUUUUGCAGAACAGCUUAUCUUUUGUGAUCUCACCAUGGUCCUCAUUUAUCAAUCUGGUGUAGAAACCAGCGCAGAUUUGAGGGCAGAAAUCAACGUAUGAAAAGGUUCUCAUGGGAUCUUAGAAAUGUGCAUAUCUGGGUCAAUCACAACAUAUGCAUGUUUGGUGUUGAUAAAUGUGGAGGCUGCAAACUGUAGUCAUUUAAAUAUCACACCCCUAAUUAUUUAGCUGGGAUCACCCAUAGACUGUAUAAAAUACGGACGCGCUGUUUUGAGGCCAUAUUGCUGCUGUCCAGUGAUUGUGAGGUAAAGAGGCGGGCUUUGAGCCUCCUAGCCAACAGCUACAGAGUUCCUGCCUGCCAAUCAAGUCAGCUGUGCCUCUCAUUGGAGGACUCGUAAUCUCAAUAUCUUUGAAAUUGCAGUGUAAAAAAAAAAUCCACCCCCGUACAGUGUGUGCCGAUCAAGAAAUGAGCUACCCAGACUACACUCGUUUUUUGUACCAGGCUGUAAACAUGUUUAUUUCUGCUGUAAAGAUCGUCUUUUUUAAAUUGGUGUGUAUUUGGGGUCUUCCUGAGCCAGCCUCAAGCAUUGGACUCAUAUUUUUAUUUUGUCAUUCAACUUUUUAUUGCAUUUUGACAAAUUAUAUAGAAGUUAUAAAAAUCCAACAAAAAGAAAAUAGGGAAAAAAAUAGUUU